AUGCAAACGACUGACAUUGAAAAAAUAGUUCUCAAUAGUGGGGUCAGUCAGGCGGUUAAUGACAAAAAAAUGCUAGAAAAUACUGAAAAGGCUCUUAUUCGGGUCGCUCAUGGGCAAAAACCAAUUAUAACUCAUGCUCGCAAAUCUAUUAUUGGUUUUAAAUUGCGGGAAGGAAUGCCAAUUGGUUGCUUUUCGGUAAAGAAAUUUGACCGAGCCGGAAAUUAUAACUUGGGAAUAAAUGAUUUAAAUAUUUUUUCGACAGUUCCUUACGAUUUAACUUUUAAAAAUCAAGGAAUUCAAAUUACCAUUGUUUUUAAAUCUACUUCGACUGAGGAAAAUAGUCAUUUUUUGAGUUUGCUGGGAUUUCCUUUUAAGGAAAAGAAAUAG